AUGGGGUGGGAGAACUACUUGUCGUACCUGGUGACCUCCCGAUGCUUUCGCUCCAACUCUUCAAGUCAAGAGUUUCAGGAAGCCUCAAGCAACGUGGGUUCCACCUUGCAUGGAUGGGUGCUAGUUCUUGCAGGAGGGCUUCACUCCAGAGACCAUGCCUUAAACUGGUACCACUCGUCGGUGGAGGUAUUUCCCGUCUUGCUGGUUGGCUUCACGGUCUUUCAGCAACAGCAGGCUCAAGCCGCUCGCCCAAAGACUGGCAACGAGGAGGAUCCCCAGAACCUGGUGCUGCAGGUGCUGCCGUGGAUCUCUGUUUACUUCAUCGGGAGCUUAUCCCUUCAGCUUCCGCAGGCCGUGUCGGUGUACUACUCCAUGAACACCGCCUUGUCAGUGCUGCAGACCGCUGUCGUGAAGUUCGGAUUGCGGCAGGAGAUCCCCGGCUAUGAGGAAUUCGAAAGGACUGGAAAGUUUCCGGAUGGCACUUUCGAGAAUAUGGUGAGGUUCAGCGCUUCAUGUCUUCGCUCCUUGGAAGGUUUGCGUCCGGCGCUCCUGUUGUUAAAGCCUCUUGGCAGGUCCCAAACACCGCCACCAAAGACACUCCACGAGGCUGCGCUGAGAGGAGAGGUAAAGUUCAUAGAAGAGAUGCUGGCAGAUGAGAGCCUAGACAUCAAUAAGUGGGACGAGAAGAAGAUUUCGCCUUUGGGCUACGCCGUUGCUUGUGGCCACCUCGACGCCGUGAAGGUGCUUUUGAAGAGAGGUGCUGACGUGACGAUGAAAGACGGUCAGGAUAAUACAAUGCUGCACUACGCCGCCGGUUAUGGCCACAUGGCUGUCCUUGAGGAGUUGCUCGAGGCGUCUGACAAGGUUUGGAAGGACAACGACUGGUGCACAUUCAGAAACAGCAAAGGCCAGAGCGUCGUCGACGCUGCGCGUGUGAACAGGAAGGGCCAGGUUGUGGACUUCCUUUGUGAGCGCCUGGGCGUCGAAGCCCCUGCCCGGACCCUGGUCAUCAGGACAACCAAAUACCUCCGACAUUUUCAGCCACCCCAAUCUAAGGAAGUGAAGGCGCCAAUCGCCGUGACGGCGAGUGGCAGCCUGAGGUUUGUCAAGUCUCCAUUCAUCUCCUAUAGCCCAGCCGCUUUCAGCGAGUUUGCAUGCAUAUCAACUCUGGAGAUGGAUCGCCCUAUCCCUGACAGAAGCGGCUCGAAAAUGACAAAGUUGAUUUCUGACUCCUUUGGCGGAGGUCCGGAAGCCGGCAAAGAGUCGUCGGAAGCCGUCCGACGCCCGGUCCGGGGAUCGGACGCCGACCGAUAUGCAUUGCAUGCAGUUUUUCGUGCACAAAUCUUCGUGAAGCAUGCUUGCAUGCUUGGAUGCAUACAUCCAUCCGUCCGUCCGUGCACACAUACAUACAUACAUACAUACAUACAUACAUACAUACAUACAGACACACGUAAAUACAUGUGGUAUAAUUUAUACCGGCAUAAUCACACAUACGCAAUCAUGUGA